AAGCGGUCCCGCCCAAGCUCCCGCGCCGCGCCUUGCCUCGCGGGUGCUGAGGGUCCUCCAUACGCCUCUCUUGGUGCAGAAUUUGGGAACGGAGAAAGGCAGUUUCCCUCUCAUUCUCUAGCUUUCCUCGUUCGUCUGUGGCACGAGGGAGGCCACCGAGGCCCUCUAGCCCAGAGCCCCUGCAGAGACUGAGCCAGGCGGAGACUCGCGCCUCAGCAGCGCUUUUGUGUCCUCUUGCUCGCCGAGGCCCGCGGCCUUUGGCCUGCUCACAUAGCCUGAUCUCUGCCGGCUUUGGCCCUCGGCUCCCGGCUAGUGGCUCCGGAGACUAAGCCGGGGCCACCUGGUGUCUCUCCGCCCGCAGCUGAAGGCUCCAAGAGCCCCUUCCUACCUCAAGCAGGAGUUCGGCGACAAGUAGGGGAAUGCGAAGGGCACGACUUUUCCCUGCUCCUUGGAGACCUGAGGCCAGGAGGCCAGGUGUUGGGGCAGUUCGGUCUCAUCCCCUCAACCGAAAAAGGACCCGUUCUCUCCCCACCCUCACCCUCACCCAGGCGGCAAGCUGAGGAUAGUGUUUUCCUUUCUUCCUCCUGACUCUUCCUUUUUUAUUUUUAAAGAAAAUACCGCCGGGCAAAAGGGCCCAGCUGCGGCGGUCUCUGGCCGUGCAGCGUGCUCAGCAAGGCGUCCCCGGUCCUCAGAACCCCUUCCCCAGGAAGGCGUAGCCCCGGGCAAAUUCUGAAACUACCCAGACACCAGCGAGGGGCCUUGAGUGGGGCCUCCCAAUCAAUAGCGGGCAUCUGGUGAGGAGGUGAAAGGGUCUUGCCUUGAUCUCAAAUUCUAAGAACCAUGUUUCCACCCAGACCCCAGCCACCUACUCUGAUUCCCGCCACUGUCCCCCCGCCCUCCACCACCACUAAACCCCUUAGUCCCAGCUGUGCUCUUCCUCUGGGGUCCCUGUCCCGCUCUACCAUUCUGCCAGCCUGGACUAAGGAUGGGAAGGAGGUCAAGAAGAGGAUUCCAAACUUCUAAGAGGGCACAGAAGUGACAGCUUCUCCUUGGAACUCUCGGCCCAGACCAGCCCUGCCCUGCCAGCUGGGCCUGGACUCUUUGGAUGGGCUACUGCAGCCCCAUCAGGAAGCAGACCAGGCCAAGCUCACCGGGGAGACCCACUGCAAUAAUUUCUUUUCACACACAUCUUCCAGCCCUCCGCCCAAUUUCCGCCCCAACUCGUGAGACUUGCAAAGCCAGAGUAAGGGAAAAGCUACUCAAUCUUUGAUCAUCUCAUCCAGAGUUAAAAUGAUAAUAGGGACGGGAGAAGGACACAAAUACAGAGACUAACCCCACUACGAAGAAAGUGGGUAAAGGCUCAACUGGGUCCCUCCUCUGAAAGACGCAACCCUGCGGGUGAGCCUAGGCCGGGUUUUUUCUCGCCAGACGUUCGCAGGAAGCCAGCAGGGAGGCAGCGGUCGCCGCCAUGGAGGUCUGCGGCCCGCGCUCCCGCCGAUCGCCGGGAGGUGGCGCGCUCUGCUCAGAGGCCGCCGCCAACCUUCUCCCUGUUUCUCCCCCUUCUUUUUUCCCCCUCUCUCGGAGGCUCGUAUUGAAUCGGCCCUAACGAUUCUCGGAUCGUCAUUAUUUGUAACCAUAGAGCAUGAAUUACCUCUUGAGGUCAUCAGCGAGAAUUUACGACUGGUCAACAAAAGCACGUGAUUCCCUAACGCCCCCCCAUCCCCCUUCCAACUCCCCCCCCAUAUUUGGCCGCAUACAUAGCAAAACGAAGUACAGUGCAUCGCUAUAAUUCAUUAAUACAUCAUAAAUCGUGAAGCACAGGGUUAUAACGACCACGAUCCACAAAUCAAGCCCUCCAAAAUCACCCAAAUGAGCUCGUACUUUGUAAACUCCUUCUCGGGGCGUUAUCCAAAUGGCCCGGACUAUCAGUUGCUAAAUUAUGGCAGUGGCAGCUCUCUGAGCGGCUCUUACAGGGAUCCCGCUGCCAUGCACACCGGCUCUUACGGCUACAAUUACAAUGGGAUGGACCUCAGCGUCAACCGCUCCUCGGCCUCCUCCAGCCACUUUGGGGCGGUGGGCGAGAGCUCGCGCGCCUUCCCCGCUCCCGCCCAGGAGCCCCGCUUCAGGCAAGCGGCGUCGAGCUGCUCUCUGUCCUCGCCCGAAUCCCUGCCUUGCACCAACGGCGACAGCCACGGCGCCAAGCCCUCUGCUUCGUCCCCCUCCGACCAGGCGACCCCGGCCAGCUCCAGCGCCAAUUUCACCGAAAUAGACGAGGCCAGCGCGUCCUCGGAGCCUGAGGAAGCUGCGAGCCAGCUAAGCAGCCCGAGCCUAGCUCGGGCGCAGCCAGAGCCCAUGGCCACCUCCACAGCCGCGCCCGAGGGGCAGACUCCGCAGAUAUUCCCCUGGAUGAGGAAGCUUCACAUCAGCCAUGAUAUGACCGGGCCGGACGGGAAAAGGGCCCGGACCGCGUACACCCGCUACCAGACCCUGGAGCUGGAGAAGGAGUUCCACUUCAACCGCUACCUGACGCGGCGGCGGCGCAUCGAGAUCGCCCACGCGCUCUGCCUGUCCGAGCGCCAGAUUAAGAUUUGGUUCCAGAACCGGCGCAUGAAGUGGAAGAAAGACAACAAACUGAAAAGUAUGAGCCUGGCUACAGCGGGCAGCGCCUUCCAGCCCUGAGCCCGCCGGGAGGAGCCCUAGGCAGCCCAAGAGCCCGUGCCGCCCCCAGCCCCGGUCCCUCUAAGCCUCCCCGCGCUGUCGCUGCCCGCUGGGGACCAUUUCCCAGGAGCCUGCCUCGCCCCAGCUUUGUGUUACGAUUUUUCGUUUGGUCUUAGAUCUUCCUGUGGCUCCCUCCCUCUUGGACUGGUUAAUCUUGUUAUUAUUGUUAAUAAUAAUAUUAUUAUUUUUCUUCCAUGCUCCCCACUCCCCUCCACUCACCCCAAAUCCGCCAGUGUUUCUGAAUGUUCGUGUCUGUGGUUCCACUCCUUCCCCGAGGAAGAAAAGAAACUCGCAUGUUUAAUGUGAACUUCCCUCCCCAUCUGUGUUCUAACUUAUUUAUAAAAGGAUGAUCGCUGUAUUUUGAGUUUCAGCUUGAAACUUCUCCAAGGGGCAGCAGUUGAGGUGGGGUAGUACCGCAGUGCCGGGCCCAGCUGGGCUGGCCUUGGAGAUGGAGUCCAUGACUGUGUCUCUUUCCACCCGUUUCUCUUCCCUCCCUACUCCCCAGGCCCGAGUCUCCCAGUGGCUUGGUCCUGGGGUGGGAAAGGGCCACAGAGGACCAAAGGGGUGAAGUGGAGAAGAGGGAAGGUAAAUAGUGAGAUUUAAGUUCCUGCCGCCUGGGUAGGCCCCACAAGGCCUAGUCUUGUUUUGUUUCCUAGUGUAUGGAAACAAAAGUAAUCCUCAGUGUAAAAUGUGUUGUGUAUUUCUCUGUGAAUCCAGGGGUCUGGCGCAGAGGGCCCAAAGCUUGUAAAUAUGGGGAUAGUCUGGGUCAGACCCAUCCCCUCCCCCUCCCCAUUUCACUCCCAGGACCAUUUGUAGUGAGCGGGUGGACGCUGUGCUACGUGUGACUCUGUCUUUCCCCUUGCCGGGCCUGUCUCAGUGAUUCGCUUUUGGUAUUUGUUUGGUAUUUGUUUCCUUGAAGUCAAAUAAAUGUCUCCCCUACUCCA